UGGGAAUCCAGACUGCAUGGGGAGAUGAGGAGAAGCUGAGGAAGCCCUGGGUACCACAGACUGAAGCUCAGUACCCCAUCCAUCCUUUUCAGGAGCAGGCAAGGUUGAGCACAAGGACAACUUAACACAAGAGCUCCGUGCCGACUUUCACCCCAGAAGUACAGCCUCUGCUCUUCCCCUACAGCUCCUGGCCAUGGAAAGAUCCACGCAAGAGAUCUUCCUCAACUUCAUGAUUGUACUGAUCACGGUUUUGCUCAUGUGGCUUUUGGUGAAGUCCUACCAAGACUGAAAGACUCUCUCGUGCUCCUCGGAGCUACUGAAGGAUCUGUAUUUACAGAAGGAUGUGAAUUCUACUGUGCAAGACCACUUCUCUGUGUGCUUUAUGUCUAGUGUAGAGAAAUUGUAAUGGUUUUUUUUUACUCUAAGCUAUCUCUGGGCUACAUUAAUCUAAAUAUUUAAAUG